ACCGCCAGGUGGCAGUAUAAGACUAGGAAUAUCAUCAAAGAGGGAAGCUGAGGUGGAACUGGGUACUGCGCAUGCGCGGUUUUGUAACCAGAGUCCAAAGUUGUGCAACGAGCUUCCAUGAGUUCCGAAGGCUCAUCCUUGCAGGUCCAUGCGGUCCGGUUUGGCCCGGGUCAGGAGCUGCUGGGACGUCUGCAGGCGUUUGUAGAGGAGAGGCGGCUGCGGGCCCCCUUCAUCAUCACCUGUGUGGGCAGCGUCACCAAGGCAACGCUCCGUCUGGCCAACGCUACGGCAGAAAACGCAAACAAGGUGAUCCACCUCAGCGGGCGCUUUGAGAUUGUCUCGCUGGUCGGCACCCUGAACCCGCCUGCUCACCUCCACGCCAGCCUGUCGGACGCAGAGGGCAGGACGGUUGGCGGCCACGUUCUGGGAGACCUGGAGGUGUUCACCACAGCUGAGGUGGUCAUCGGCGAGGCGUCGGACCUGCUGUUCACCAGACAGAUGGACCAGCAGACAGGUUUCCCUGAGCUGGUGGUUCAGCUGAAGGAGUCCAUCUGAAGGGUUUUGUUGAAUUUACUCUUUACUUUUUUUUUUUUUAUGAGAUUAGAGUCCAUAAUGUGGCCAACGUGCAACAAUUCCAACCCUUCCUUCAUAUCAGUUUUCAAAUCAAAGUCUAAACCUGACUGUACUUCAUGAGAUAACAGUAAAAUGUGCCCACAAAAAUCUGCUUCUGCAAUUACAGAGCUGUGAAUAAAUUUGCAAAUGUUUCAAGUUUUACACAUCUUAUUUUAUAAAAGAAUUCCAAUUAAAGUUUCUGACAUUAUGUCCUUUAAAUCCACAGGGCAAGUAAGUUCUUACAGCUCCUCCCUCUUUCAUUCGGGGCCGCCACAGUAGAUCUCAUAUUGAUUUUUGGCACAUGUUUUACAUCAGAUACGUUGAGGCAGCUUCAUGGCACAGGAGGUCUUGAACUGGAACCUUCUAUUUUGGAAGUAAGCGCACAAACUGCUUGUCCAUCACGCUGCCUGAAAACAGCUCUACAAUAUGACAUAAAUGAAAAUAUCAAAGCCAAAAUCAGUCAUUAGGAAACACAAACACUAUGGUGCUGUACGGUGAAUCUAUCUGGAGUAGGCGCGUCUCUAAAACUGAAUGCAAGAAGGAGGCUAGUGAGGGAAGCCACCAAAAUGCCCAGACAAAUCUGGGCAUCUGGGCUUCUGUGAGUGUGGAGAAAUUGUGCAUCGUGCAACUUUUGUCUGUUGCAUCACCAGUCAAAGAUUGAUGGUGAAACAGAGAAGGAUUUAAAUAAAACAGAAAAGGAAAGGGGGGGAGGUGGAGGUGGAUAAAAGCAUUAAAUCUCAGCUCAAGCCAUCCAUGUGCCUUCUGGCAAACCUUAGCUGAAAUUUUGCAUCUCAUUUUAAAGAAAAUCUAAGUUCCAUUCCACUGUCAAUCUGCAUAACUGGUGAUGCAGUUUCUCCAAUCACAGCCACAAAGGCCUGUAACUCAUUCAGCAUGAGUGUCUUGGUGGCUUUCCUCGCCAGUCUCUUUCUUACACAGUUAACCUAGUUUUUGAGCCCACACUGUUUGUAUUUCUUAUUUUUUGAUGGAAAUUAAGUCCAAGAAAGUGCAGAUUUGUGUCAAUCAAAGACUGACCAGUAGAUCGAGAGCCUUUUGGCUCAGCUCCAUUAUCGUCACAGUACGUUAGAGCAAAUACAACACCUUCCCUGCUGCACUGAUUCUCCGGCCAAUCUCACACUCCAUUGUCCCCUCAUUGUACAAGACCCCAAGGUACUUGAACUCCUACUUGGGGCAAGACCUCGUUCCC